AUGGCUGUGGACGAUGUUCCUGACUCGACAGACUGGCUUGCCACACCCCUCGCCUGCCUGGCCGCGGUUGAGGCAUCGAUGCGCUGUCAAGUCUGCAAGGACUUUUACAAGACGCCAAUGAUUACGACAUGUUCUCAUACUUUCUGUUCUCUUUGCAUACGACGGGCCUUGUCUAAUGAUGGCAAAUGUCCCUUGUGUCGAGCUCCUGAGCAGGAGCUGAAACUGCGAAGUAAUUGGGCCUUGGAGGAGUCGGUAGAAGCCUUUUCAACAGCACGGCAAGCGGCACUGGAUGUAGCCCGUAGCGAGUUGCAAACGGUGCAGCCCAAGAAACGAAAAAGCGACAACGGUAGAACGACCGAUUCCGCUGUUUCGCCAACGUCCAAGCGCGUCCGAAUGUCUACACGACUGGCUAGCAAUGGAACUAGAAGCGCGAGCCAUAUGUCUCCAGAGCGAGGCUUUGGGCGAGUUAUUAUUCCGGCAUCCGAUGAAGACGAGGGCAGCAAUAAUGAUGACGAUGGCGACUCUGACUAUAGCCCAGCAAAUGCCGACAGCUUUGUGCCGUGCCCAUCCUGCGAAAUGAAAAUGAAGGCCUGGCAAGUUUUCCAACACUUAGAAGCGUGCUCAGGGCCAACGCCGGAGUCAAUGACCAGCGAAACCCUAUCUACCGGACGGGAAUUGGAGGCAAAGCAGCUGCGGCAGAAGACGACGCCAGACCGACUACCCGCGCUGAACUAUUCGAUGUUGAAGGAGCCAGCCCUGCGAAAAAAACUGGCAGAACUAGGAAUACCAAAUCAAGGGCCAAGGCUGACACUGGAAAAGCGCCAUAAAGAGUGGAUUACGAUCUGGAAUGCUAAUUGUGAUUCUGCUCAACCUCGAAAGCGGUCGCAACUUUUGCAGGACCUAGACGUCUGGGAGAGGACACAGGGGCAUAGAGCUAUUGCUGCCACCAAGGGAACCAUCUCUGCAGUCACGAUAAAGGACAAGAAUUUCGAUGGUGCUGCGUGGGCUGCGAAGCAUGAUUCGUCUUUCAAAGAUCUAAUUGCAAAUGCGCGGAACAGCAGACUACGAGCCAAAGAAUCUCCUAGAGAUAUAACCGAUGAUGCAGAACGAAGAAUAAGUAGUUGCGUCACCAACGACUUACAUGACAGCCGGACUAACUACGAGGGAAUUAGUGGAUUAACAGCAGAAACACGGCAGACUGAUGCAGCGAUUUUAGAUGGUGCGUCAUCGCAGUUUGACACUGAAAUGAGCGAAGUUCAGACUGAGCCCUCGCCGAUACCAGCGAUGAGAAGCAUCGCCGAACCUGAGCCCUAA